UUACUGUUAUGAGUGUUAAUCUUUUCCCCACUGGACCAUCCAAAUAAUGAUUAUUUUCGUGGUACUAAUAUCAUCUGGCAGGAACAAUGCUUUUACUAUGCCAUGAUUUUUGUUAGGCGCAUGUCACGGUUGCUUGUUUGCAACAAAGAAAUUGACCUCCUGCAGUCAUCUUUUCUUAGAUGGAGAAAAACAAACGACAGAGGUCGCUGUAACUCACAUGUUGGACAACGGAAACAACUGUCGUGGAGCAAGUUACAACUCGUUAGUGUGAAAACUUCAACUUGGCUGGAAAACCGUCAGUUUAAAACCGAAAGCAUUCGUCAAGGUUCCGCAGACUCUAGUAAACGUCACGGGACGGGACUGUGUGGAAAGCAAAUUAAGUCUAAGAACACAAUGCCGAAAAGAAAGAGUGACACCAAAUCUGAACAAUCUUCAAAGAAAGCAGAACCAAAGGCUGAAACCACAGAUGAAAAACCAACAAAGAAACAGAAGGUUGACAAGAAUGGUGCCAAUGAAGCUGCUAUUGCUGCUUUGAAUGUUCCUGAAACCUACACAACAGACAAAAAAUCAGUGGAGGAAAAUGAGGCCAAUUUGAAGAUUGCAUCCUGGAACAUUGCUGGCUUACAAGCAUGGAUUAAGAAAGAUGGCAUGUCAUACAUCAAGAAAGAGGAUCCAGACAUCUUUUUUGUCAUGGAAACUAAGGUUGACAGUGAAUCUGUGCCUUCAAGUGCCAAGGUAGAAGGUUAUCAUACAUAUUGGCUUGGCGCUACAUCCAAGAAGGGUUAUUCUGGAACAGGGCUGUACACGAAGAAGGAGCCUAUCAGUGUUAAGUAUGGAAUAGGUGUGGAGAAACACGAUGAAGAGGGCCGAGUAAUCACAGCAGAGUACGAUGAUUUCUAUUUUGUUGGCGCUUACGUGCCAAACUCUGGACGUGGACUUACAAGGUUGGAAUACCGGCAGGAAUGGGAUAAAGAUUUCACCGAGUACUUGGCCAAAUUGGAUGAAACCAAGCCAGUCAUCUACUGCGGUGAUCUGAAUGUAGCUCAUGAGGAGAUUGAUCUAAAAAAUCCCAAAAAUAACCACAACAAGACACCAGGAUUUACCGAUGAGGAGAGGGAAGGGUUCUCUGCUUUACUGAACAAAGGCUUUGUAGAUAGCUUCAGGCAUCUGUAUCCUGACAGAGAAUACGCUUACUCAUUCUGGACGUACAUGGGAAAUUGCCGAGCUAAGAAUGUUGGAUGGCGCCUGGACUAUUUUGUGAUUUCAAAGCGACUGGUACCCAAGCUGUGUGACACUGGUAUGCGGACGUGGAUCAAGGGUAGUGAUCACUGUCCGAUUGUACUUCAUAUGGCCAUGUAAUAAGUUGACAGAGGACAGGUGACAAAUCAACUUGUUACAUGUACCAGCACUUUUUAGGGUGCCGUUGAUCAAACAAAUAAGAAAACUUGACAUGUUACACUUCAGGACACUACACAAACUUGGGGAUGUAUUGUUUGUUUUAUAUGGCACAAGAUUGUGUCUGAGGCUGCAUCUGAAUCUCUUGUCUAGAGCUAGGUCUUGGUAUUCAAUCCAUUGGAAAUGCAUGGAGACGCGCAGACAAUAGACCUAGCCGUAGGUCUGGAAGCUCGUUUCGGACACGGCGUGAGUAGAGUCCGGAAUAUUAUGUGUUUUGAAAAUGAACCUUUGAAGAAAACUUUCCAACAUUGUAGUAUGCAUUACUGGACAGAUUGUUCCAAAUGUUUUUUUAUUUGAUGAGUGAAAUGGCAUGGCUCGGUGGAUUGUGCUACAAAACUGUUGAAAAUAAAAUGUAAUGACACUCACGGGGGGCAUUAAUGAGCAACAUAUACAUAAUUUUAUGAUACCGUCUUAAUACAAAUUUGUAAUGAAGUUUCGGGGUUUUUUUUGUACUAGAUAACAAUGUAGGUCAGUUUUAGAUGUUAGUGCACCUGUACAUGUCUAUCCAUCGAGGACAUUAGGAUUUCACGCCUGAAAACAAUGGCAGUCAGUAUUAAGGAUCUGAUGUUGCGCUAGCCAUUGGAAAAGCCACUGAUAAAGUUGUAGGUUUUAGCUCGGAUUUAAUCAUUGAAAGUACUGUUUUCAACUCUUUUUUAUCUUAACCAGAAAUUGACAAAAAGUUGUUGCAAAAAUAUCCUUGGGUUUUGCCAAAAGGGGUGAAUCUGAAGGCAGUCAAAGUCUCUUGGAUGACGGAUGUUCAGGGAUACAGUGGGUUAGCAGUCAGUUUUUUACCGAGCAGGAAACUGUUGUGUUGUUUCUGCUUCUUUUGAGAACUGUUGAAUAGUUUUCACGUCUCGUAUCAUCCAGUGAGACAGAAAGAAGGCAAAUAUCUGAAAUAAUACAAAAAUGAAACUAGAGGAUUUCAUGAUUUGAUCUUUCUGGGUUUCGGAAUCGUUCGUUUUUGUGUCAUUUUCUCAUUGUUUUUAUAUUCACAUUCCUCUCCAAAUAUGAAAAUUUCAAUGUGCAUGUCACUGGACUUUGGCUGGCCCGGGGUAAUAAACUUGAGGCAACAAUUGAA